AUUUCGUCAUGAGCAUCAUUACUCGCAAACUUGUGGUAGUCGGUGAUACAGGCUGCGGAAAAACUAGUCUCCUUCUUGCCUUCACUCAAGGCAGCCCCGCGAGCGGCGAAAUACCUACUCUAUUAGAUCUUCACGAGGUUGCCUCCCCGAUCCCGGGGAGCCAGACCCAGUUCGCUCUUUGGGACACUAGUAAUCGAGGAGAAUACAGCAAGCUUCGAGAGAUCUCAUACCAGUUGUGUGAUGUUCUUUUCAUCUGUUUCUCCAUUGAUUCGCCCCAAUCCCUGAGAAAUGUGCAGACACAAUGGGCCCCGAAAGCUCAGCAUUUCUGUGGUGAUAAGCCGAUUAUAUUAAUUGGGUGUAAAAAGGAUCUGCGUCGCGAACAAAAUCCGAAAGCGAGUAAUUCAUUCUUGCAGUUGAUGACGAAGCUAGUGGGUCGUGAGAAGGAUCUGCGAUCUGAUGAAAAGCCGAAGACGAGUGAAGCGCUUUCCCAGGUGGCAACGGAGCAGGUCACCCGCAAGCAGGCUACCAAGGCUUGUCGUCAGAUCGGGGCUAGUCAAUACCUCGAAUGCUCAGCUAUGACCCUGGAGGGAGUUCAGCAAGUAUUUGAGGCCGCGACGCGCGCUGUCACGCACUACAAGACUGGCUAGUGCAUUGUCAGAACAUCAACUCUGUGAGGGCCGAGCGACGAGUCGAGGAACUGGAAAUCCAUCAGUUUCUGUUUCCUGAGAUUUCAUUCGACACAGUUGUGGAUUAUUACCCAGUGUGGGUACGCAGUCCAACAAUACUCGAGUGACACAGCGGGCUGAUGGCAAUUUGGCAAACGGUUCCGACCCUCAAUCUCUAAAGCAUCUUAAGACGCAGAACCGGAUACCACUCUUAUAUAAACCAUGCUUGGGAAUCAUAAUGGUCACGUAAUGUCUGAAUAGAUAAUUCAGCACUUCUCGGACUUCUGUGCCAGUAUAGAGUAAAAGCAGUCCAUAACAGUCGUCCACAAAUGUAUGCUGACUAUAUAAUACACCUGUGUUGGUUUCAUGCUCAGGGAUAUCG